AGAGUGGCUGACUGCAUCGGGUGACCGUCUCCCGACGAGAACGUGCCGCAGACAAGGAACAGGGACGCGCGGAAGAGACGGAGAGACCCCGUGCGACCGUUUCCGCGACUCCAUCACCCUCCGCUCUGUUCCGCUCGAGCAACGGAAAAAUUACGCUUUCCUUUAUCCGUCUCGGCGCUACGACCUCGACUUCCCAAUGGACUUUAAUCUCUUCGAGUGAGAUCAUCCGGGUACUCGAGGUGCUUCUUUUCGACCCUUUGGCGAACAUGGCGCGAGUGACCUUGCCCUCCGACGAAUGAUGGAGAACGGAACUUAGACCAGCGUUCAAGUGUUUCUUGGGAUUACCGAUGGAGAUGCGACCAGCGACCUUGAGCGAGUGAAACUGAGACUAGGAAGCACCAUGGAGGAUAGAACUUAGCUAAUCGGUAUCGUUAAUUACGCAAGUGAUACAACGACGUAGCAUACGAAGCAACAACGAAUUAAUUCUUAUUCGCGCAACGAAACAUCGAGCACCGUUGUAAGCUGUUUCCCUUGUUUGUCGGCUUAAUAUCUACGACGUAGGCUCGAUUCGAGCAACGAAUUCGGUUGUUAAAGUUCCGGGAGGAGAACCGGUCGCGGUCGGUUCGCGCACGCACAAACAGGACAACCAGAGGCAUUGUGCAAGGUCGGUAUGAACGGAGACUAAGGUCAGCUGACGCGAAUCGAUAUCGCCCAAUUGUCUCGACAUAGUUCCCGUCGUACGUUUCGCUCGUGAUUCGUCGAGUCUCGAGGCGGGAAAAACAGCUCGAUCAAACGAGACACGGGAUCAGGAAACGGUGACGUUGGAGGCUGAACGAUGGAGGGCUGGAAGAGUUGGAAAAGGGCCGAGAAUUCCUUUCUCGCGGCAUGGUAUCAACGCGUCAGAGAAUCUUAUGUCGCUGCAUGGUUCUUCGGGGUGUUUCAGACGAGCAGGAUGUCGACGAGCACCGCCACCGGUGGCGGAGGAGGUGGAGGAGGAGUCGGAGGUGCCCUCACGUUGAUGGGCUGCGUCAGGGAGGCAUCGCCUCCUCCACAGAAUCAUCAUCAUCAUCAUCACCAUCAGCACCAGCAGCAGCUGCAUCGAAACCUCGGCCUCGCAGAGUUUUCCGCGCAGAGCAGCGUGGAUCCGCUUCCAAAAGAGCCGAAAAAGCGGCGCUUUCAUCCCCUCCGCGGCCUAAGAAAGAUCUUUCGACGAAAGAGUCGAGGCGCUGCGGACUCUAGGAUAGUUUCCAAUCAUGUCGACAAGGACACGGAGAUUACGCGGCUGCCACGAGAGGACAUUACCGACAGACAUCCCGCGGGACGUCCCGAGGAAGGACGCAGCCGGAGCGCCAGCGAGCUGCUCACAGACUCCUGCGACAGGGAAAGCGUAUUCCUUAGGAGGCCGGGCAUGGAGGAAUCCUUCGUAAAGCUGCGCGGAGGAUCUGGAAAAUUGUCCGUGUCGCACGACAGCGUUUUCCCGGGGGAGGUACCCCACACUCGGCCUCUCUCGUCGCUGGCCAGCCUAACCACCCUCGAGCGAAGGCAGACGAGAAAGAGCAACGAGAUCGAGCACAUGGGGUACAAUCGACACGUUGUUCAGAGCCACAGGAUAUCUCUUCGGGUGCUCGAGCAAAUAAAGACGGUCAUAGAGAACCGGAACCAGCAAGCCGCGGCGACCUCGUCGAAUACAACGACCACCGUACACGCUGUCGGUGAACGUUAUCAGCAGGAAACCGCCGAGAAUCGUUUCGCGGGUCCCGAGAAGCAGGAGAGGAGCGGAGACGAGAAUCAAGCGAAGAACUCAAGAUCGCCAAAGGACACGACCGACCGAGUUGCACACGUGGCCAAAGAAGACUUACCGCAACUAGAAAGUGCGAGCUUGAAUCAUACAGCGGCCCAUCACCGGAUCUCGGUGCGACCUAAGAACCGGAGGCCUCCGAGGCGCGCAGCACCUCAGGUCGCGAACACACCUACAUCGACGAUUACGACCAUCGCGGAGGACUCGUUGGACAGUCUGGACCCGUUACCUGCCGGUACGAGCAGCGUCGCGUCUUCGCCUACGGAGUCGAAGAACGUAUCCGUCGCUAGAAAAUCCUCGAGUCGAUUGUCGCGAACGUCGGACAUCUUCGAGGAAUUGGAAUCGAAGCUGCCGAGGAAGCCAUCUAGCAGCGUGGCUUCCUUGUCUCCGGACAGUCUGGAUAAUUUGAACGCGUCUAGAACGAGCGUGGAAACGAACGAGGAGCAGCCAGAGGUCCGAUCUGUCGUGAGGAAAUCGUCGAAUCGAAUACCGAAGGGUUCGGAACUCUUCGAGGAGCUGGAGGCCAACCUACCUCGCAGGAGAUCCUCUAAUCGAUUGUCGAAAUCUCCGGACAGCCUGGAAGCGACCUCCUGUUGGUUCUCCAAAUCGUCCGAGGGUUUCGACAAGUUAACGGAGUACGAGGAAUCGAAACCAGUGAUUCGAAGGUUGCUGAAUCCGAUCUCGAAAUCCACCGACCGUGUCUCCAAGUCCUCCGACAGCCUGGAAGCCAUAGAGGUGUUGACCAGCGACGAGUCCAUCGAGCGCAGAAGAAGCAGUUUCGAGUUUCGCGCACGCAGAACUUCCAAAAAUAUAUCCAAAUCCUCGGAGAACUUCGAGAUUCUGGAGCAAGCUAAGACAGGCACGGACACCACCGCACAAGAACUGCAGAAGAGGAGCAGCAUUUCGGACAUCAACUUGGCCAGGGGAAAGAGGUUGUCGAAGAGCAUCUCCAAAUCAUCGGAGAGUUUCGAAAUGAUCGAGGUCAGCGAGACGAAAGACGUGGAAGAGAACAGAGACUUCGGUAAAUGUUGCAGAAGGUCGUCGAAGAGAAUGUCCUCGGAGAGCUCCGAUAACUUGGAACUGGACGACAGGCUGGAGAACAGAAGGAUCAGGAGGACGCCGAAAAGAAUACCGAGUACCAGUUUCGUAGACAUCGUGCCGGUGGAUGAUCAGGAAGAGGAAAAGAGACCAAUGCCGGUCAGGAAACCGUCUAGGCUACAGAAAUCGUCAGAGAGCUCGGAGCUCGGUAGCACGGAUACCCUGGACUCGGAGAGAAGGAACAAAUCCUCCGAGAGCACCGAGACUCUCGACAGUUUGGAGAGAGACUUGGACCAGGAGAGAAAACAAGAGGAACUGGCGGACGGUGUUCUGGACAAACGUGAAAAGAACGACUCUUGGGCCAACAAGAACACGAUGUCACCGGACUCUGAGCAAAUCUCUGCCGCCGAUGGAACAGAAGAUUCCAAGUCGUUAAUCUCGCCAGACAAGUUCUACUGGCGGCAGACGUCCGAAUCAAAGGAGAACAUCGACAUUCACCAACUCUUAGCCAUUACGAUAGUUACCAGAAUGGCCGAUAACGGCAACAACCAACGAAGUUCUGUGAUUUAUCCAAAAAAGAAGCAGAUCACCAGCUCGCAACCUACCUCCCCGAUCGCAAAGCAAGAGGACAACAAGAUGAUCUUCGACAAUCUUCUCGUCAGCAAGAAUGACGAGGAUUUGCAGAACAUGCUCAAUGGAAAUAUAUCGGAAGUGUCUACCGACACUAAAAGCUUUAAAGAGAAAUUGAUCAUGUUCGAGAAACUCGGAAAAUGAGCUGCUGUACGUUUCACCUCGCACACACUCGUUAACCGAUUAUUCGUUUAUCCAAAUACGUUUCGGCCGAUCGAACCGAGGAAGAAAGCUGAAAGAGAGCGAACCGAAAAUGCUCGAGAGUAUCGAUCAUCUGUUUAAACACCGAUCAGGAUAACGCAACACCUUUUCUUAGCGAACUAUUUUAUAUAUAUUUUAUUUGUAGCUGAGAACAAGCUGAGGAUGAUGAAGACACGAGAGACCGAAAUUGUUCGAUUGAUGAAGCAGGACAAUAACGUAAUUUUCCAAAACUUUUUAUAAUAUUUUUUCAUACAAAAUUUGUUCGUUUAAUCGCCGUAAAAGAAGAACUUGAAAAGUAAAUCGACUAUCGUAAGAAACUUUUAAGUUCGGCGUAAUCGGUUUCAAAAACGAACUCGUUUAAACCGUUACCUGUAAACUAAUCGUGAAAAUCGUAUUUUAUUUAAUUGUUUUCAUUUCCGUCUGUUUUUGUUUUGUUAGUAACAAAAAUCGCCUACUAUAGAGAGAGAUUACCGGAUCGCACCUGAAUCCAGUAUUAGGUGUCGCACUUACGAAUUCGUAAGAACAAAACAGUUUGUAAGCCUCGACGUGCUUACGAAAAUUCUUCUAGCGUAGAAGCCUAGCGUUUCGUGGAACUUGUUGUACAGUAGCUUAGGGACGCGAGUAAAUGUUGUGUUUCAUUCCAUUAUGUAAAUAUACAAAGUGGAAACCUCCGUUGCAAAGUUAACGCGAUCGCGAACGAAAAGAUAACGAAAGAGAGAGAAAUUACUAUUAAUGGAUAUCUGUGAAGCGGCCAAAGGGUACGUUAGAAACGCAAAAUGUUCGGAAUCGUUCAUAUCUUGAGACGCGUUGAGGUUAUCAUUCGAAAAUGCUGCCUUUCCAUAUGGAUUCAGUACUUUCUAUCGAAAUCGACAGAAAAACUUUACUGUUCGUUAAUGUUUCUUGUUUAUUUUCACGAAUAUACACGAUACGAGCGGGUAUAAUCGGCGCUUGAAAAUAUUAAGAGCUGCCCGAUUUCAGUCGUGGCUCUCUGUAAAAUAAUAAAGUUAAUGGCAGCGCCAAAAGUACGUAGAAAACAACGUACAGGGACACGGCUUACACUUUGGAAGUGCUCGACGUUAUCGAUCGCGAAUAAUCGAAAGGGCAAUGAGACCAUCGAGUUGGGCUCUUCUUUGAUUUUUCUAUGUUGGAAUCAAACGAAUAGUGGAGCUCUUCAUUGUGUAAGUUGAUAGAAGAAAGCGAUCAUCGUGGGGUGAGAAAAGACGAUAGAGGGUGUCGUCUUUGUCACGUAAACAACUUCGUGACAGACGAGAUGCUUCUUUUCAGUCUUUUAAGUGCCUUAACAAAGUAACGAGGAAUGGACUGGAUGUAAGGUUGAAUAAGCUGCGCGGAAACGUAAUAUAUCACACUUAUCUUCCCCCCUCUAAUUUUUUAGUUCUCUAGUUGAUUGUAAACGUCUCAGUCUCCAAAAGACAUCGUGUAGAUUGUUAGAUUAACGAGGUAAAUAGAAAAUCGAGUUAACCAUCGCUAUAAUAUUAUAAGAACUCGCAUAAUUAAAAGAAAAAAAAAAAUAUAUAUAUAUAUAUAAAUAUAUAUAUAUUACACAUAAUACAAAAUGAGCAAAUCGCCCGUUAUUGAUGUAAAUAAAGCUGCCAUCGUGAAUUACA